GCCUUGCUCGUCUCUGCCUCGACACUUUGUCAUCACACUACCUCCCAUUCGCCCUCUUCCUCUCAUCUUCCCCGCAUACCGCUAGGUGCUUAUACGCCCGUUGGCAAUUUCACUUGCCAAGCCCGCCAACUCCUUUUUCUUUUUGCUCUCUCUCUUGGAGCUGCGUAUAUCCAGCCUUAUCUAAGGCGAUCCUCGUCCAGGCGGGGCUUCCGUCUAGAUCCGCCCCGACGCAUCCCCUCCUCCGCAGUCUAGGCCUGCCAGCGCGUCGUACUCGCAUAGACGUUAUCGUACAAGUACACAGCUAAACCAAACAUCUGCGCCUCAGUGAAACAUCUGCACCUGUCUGCACUGCUCCUUCCGAGUUCCCUAGUAGGAACUCACCACAACCGCCAUCAUGCUCUCCAACACCCUCCUCACAACCCUCCUCCUCUUCUCAGCGCAAACAACAACCACUCUCGCUCUUCCAACAAAAACACACUGCCAAUGUAAAAUCGUGCCAAGCACCCCAUCGUCAACCUCAACCACAUCCUCACCAUACGCCAUCGACUCGCCCUCAGCCGCCCACUGGGCCCCCGCCUCGCCCUCAGAAGACGAGUCCGCCUCGCCUUCCCCCAGUCCCUUGGCCAGCAGCACAAUCUGCACAACCCUCGCCUCACAACUCUCGCGAUUCCAACACACCAACCCAGACCUCUACGCCUUGUACCUCCAACGCGCCCCCACACGCUCCAUCGAUGAUUCAGUCGCCCAAAACCCAAUCCCCACUUCAGUCCUCCUAAGCGCAACCUCCUCCUCGUCUUCUUCUUCCCCCUCCGAUGCCUCCUCCGCAAGCGCCAAUGGAUUCAAAAUCGUAUGCUACGAAGAUGAACCCACACCAAACGCCCCAGCUCCCCUACGCGACAUGCAAUCCUCACCCCUAACCCUCCUCGUCCUCCAACUCGUCGUCGUCCUCUCCAUCGUCGCUUGCAUCGCCGAAGGCCUGCACAUGCUCAAGAACCUUAUCUCUCCACCCCCCACACCCGAACACAGCCUUCGUCUCGCUGGCGCUGAAAAACGCCUUCUUGCUAUCCCAUCUGCCCCUUACGACUACUCUGCAGACGCAAUGGCGAGCCCGGGCGCUGAGAAAAAAAUCCGUGCCUACAACGAGGCGCCACGCUAUUUUGUUGCCCAAGGGAGGAAUGGACGCAGAGAGUUUAUUGCCUAUGACGAUGAUAGUGAUGAUGAGAUCAAUCGCCCUGUCUUGUAACUGGCGAUUCUUCUUUUUUUUUCGUUUUUUUUUUGUAUGCAAAAAUCAAAGCCAUGAUUUGGCCCGAGUUUGUUUUUUUCUAGACUAAUGAAGUUAUGACCAUUUUUACUUUUU